CGCUCGGCCCUUUUGCAAAGGUGCGCUGUUACGUUACUGAGCAAACGUGUUCACAAAACGCUGAUAGCAACAUUAUGACUCUUAUCAAACGCAUUCAGCUCGAUGUACUUUUAACCUUCACUGGCAGUUUUGGAUGCUAAAUAUUUUCUUUUCUUUUUUUUUGAUUUUGUUGUACUUCGGUCGUGUGAAGUGCUUCGAACAGGGACAGUAAGGUGUCGUGAGCGAAGCAACUGGCGACCUGGAAGAAGGGGAAGGAUUUUCCUUGAACCGGUUCUCAGGCGGUUGUGUUGGAGUACGACAGCUGCCAUGUACAGUUACUAGACAUUUUACGUUUUCUUUGACAGAAAGGAGAAAGUGAGCUUAUGCUACCCUUCGUCCUCCUCGCUGGAUAUCUAUGGAGAGGGUGUCCCGUUUGCUCUCACGCAGCUCUUGGAGUUACUUGCGGCUGAGACUACGCCGUGAAUGUUGAAUUCACCGACCUGGAUAGUAGAAAACGACUCACUUAACCUCAUUUGAAUGCCUUUGCAAGGAGUUUGCUGGUUUCUGUGCUGCAGGCAGGGCUUCAGUUUGCUCGGACGGGACUAUGGGGAGAAAGAGGAGGAAGAGUCUUUCGAAUUGCGCAACAAGGAGGACUUGACUCCCAAUGGACGGAGUCCAGCUGAAGUGACUGUUUCUCAACCUACUCGCACAGCCAAUGGAACAAAUGGCCACACUGUCGCCGAGGUGACUGAAGAGAUGAAGAGCCUGAUCAUCGAGAAGAAUAAGAUGGGCACGGAGGAAGAGUCCGAACAGCUCGUCAAAGGGUGGCUGCUGCGGGAGGUGCGGGGAAACUGGAUUAAGCAGCGUCGAUACUGGUUUGUGCUGAGCCAGGACUCCCUCGACUACUACAGUGGGCCAGAGAAAGGAGCCCGCAGACUGGGCACGCUGGUCCUCACCAAACUCUGCUCUGUCAUCUGGCCUGACAAGCAGACCUACAAGGAAACAGGCUACUGGAGCAUCACAGUAUAUGGGCGGAAGCACUGCUACAGGCUGUACACCAAGCACUUCAACGAGGCUGUGCACUGGGCAUGUGCCAUCCAGAAAAUCAUUGACACCAAAGCACCCGUGGAAACGCCAACACAGCUCCUGAUCCGAGACAUCGAGGAGAAUAAGUUCAACCCUGAGGUGGUGGAGCACAUCUACCAGCACAAUCCCAUCCUGAAGUACACCCAGGGACCCCUGUAUGCCCCUCUGCUUCCCUUCCCCUAUGGCAGCCUGGAGCACACAUACCACAGUGGGAAAGGCUACGGCUCAGUGCGCGAAGAGGCCGUGAAGCUCUUUAACUGCUUGCAGCAGCUGGAGUCGGCACGGGAGCCGGUUCCCAUUAUCCAGGGUGUGCUGCAGACCUGCCUGGACCUGCGGCCCCUCCGCGACGAGGUCUACUGCCAGCUGGUGAAGCAGACGAGCUACACGCCUGCCCCGUACACUGCCGCACACCUCCGCUAUUGGCAGCUUCUCACGUGCAUGAGCUGCACCUUCCUGCCUGGGCCCACUGUGCUCAAGUACCUGCGAUUCCACCUUAAGAGGAUUCAGAGCCAAAGUCCUGAGUCUGAGAUGGAUAACUAUGCGUCAUUCAUCAGCGAGGCUCUGGAGAAGACCAAGUGUCGGGAGUGUGUGCCAUCCUGGGAGGAGAUCCAGAUGCUGAUGAGUAGACAGGAGAUGCUGUGCACUGUGCACUAUCCUGGCCCUGGAUCCUGCCAGCUCUACAUCAGCUCACACACUACUGCCAAUGAGGUGGUUCGAAGGAUGCAGGAGAAGCUCGGCCUGCAGGAGAGCAAAAACACGUUUGCACUGUACGAGCAGAAUGCACUGUGGGAGCAGCCGGUUGCAGGCAGCGCUCUGAUUGCAGACAUCCUGACCAGCUUCUCCACCAAAGAGUCAGAGUCUAAAUCCCAAUGGAAACUGUGUUUCAAGCUCUACUGCCUAUUGGACGCUGACAGCAUAUCAGUGGACAGCAUUGAGUAUCUCUUCCUCUUUGAGCAGUGCCAUGAGAUGGUUGUGCGUGGCCAGCUGCCAGCCAGCGAAGAGGACCUGCAGGCCUUAGCUGCUCUGAGGCUUCAGUGUCUGAUGGGUGACUUCAGCACCCAUGCCCCCUGCCCGCCUCUGGACGAGCUUUUCCCAGGUGACCUGCUUGAAGCUCGGGUCCUCAUGUCCCUCUCUGCCCCGCAAGCCCUGUCUCCUUGUCUAGUGGCGGCUCAGGGCUGCCCCACGACACAGCGCUUCCCCACAGGCCUCCUGGCGGGGACGCUGUGGAGCCACACCGCUACUGCAGCACACAAGCAAAAGGUGGAGCAGGACAUGCGUCUGCGGAGCCGCCUGAAGGAGGAGGCGGCGGCUGUCAUGGGAUCCAUUUUGGAGCGUUGGAAAGGUCUGGCCGGCUACAGCUGCAGGGACAGUAUGGCCGCCUACCUCACAAUUGCACGCCAGUGGUCAGGCUUUGGAUGUACUCUUUAUGAAGUGGACUUUUAUAUUAGUUCAACAGGGAGUUUUUCCCAGAAGCUGUGGCUGGGUGUAGCUGCUACAUCGGUGUCUCUGUACCGGCAGGGAGAAGCAGAGGCCUUGGAGUCCUUUCCUUAUGGCCAGAUCUGCUCCUACGGUGUAUCUGACAGCAACACCUUCAAGAUCACAGCUGGGGAUCGGGAUCUGCUAUUUGAAACCACCAAGCUGACUGAGAUCAUGCAGCUGAUGAAUGCAUAUUUCAGUGCCAUCCGUCGCCAGCGAGGGAAGGGGGAAGAUGCGGACAUCACCAUACCAGAAAGCACAGAGGUGGGCUUCCAUCACCUGGCCUCAACACCAACACCUACCCUCUUGGAGCUGCCCUCACACACUGUUUGAGAGGGACCCAUACCCAGACACCCCCAACCCCCACCGUCCUCCUCCACGUGGCCCCUAUGAGGCCCAGCCCCAGUCCUCAGGACCCCGUGCCUCCUCCGCUGGGAAUGGCACGGCAGCCAAAACAAAGAGAAGGCUGUUUUCACUCCCCAUCCGUGAAAAUAAACCCUUGCUGAGCUUUCCAGCUGAAGGAGCUGGUCGGUGGAGGAGGGAGGGAGGGUGUAGGAACGGGAAAGGACGGGAAGGCAAGGGGUUCUGUUUUGCAAGUGAGGCCAGAAACCCACAGAAACCAAUGCGGUUGCUGAUGAGGUGUCAACCUCCCUCCCCCCCAGUCCUGUCACGCAACCACCUCUGUUACCCUACAUGGCAACACCCCCUGCCCCACCCCACCCCACUCUCACCUCACCCCAGCCCUUCCCCUCGACAAUGUGAGACGUUGGCGUGAGCCUUGCUACAUCAGGGAGAGAUAGUAUCACAAGAGUUAAGACUUGUGGCAACAAUAAGCUGUGGUACUCCCCUCAUGAAGGUAUGGCUUAGAGUGAAAACACUACUCUCUUCUUUCUCUCUCUCUCUCUGUCUCUCUCUCUCUCUCUCUCUCUCGAAGUGUGCCAUAUUUGUAUUACCUUUCCUAGAAGGCAGUCGUCCCUCAUGCACUGCUGGAAUAGUGUUGAGAACAUUCAGUGACAAACCCUGCCCUGUCUUUGACUCGCCCUUUCUGUCUCAUAUACACACACACACGCUCUAACUCACUCUCUCACGUGCCCUUAUGCUGACAUGUUCAUCAGAGACAGUUAGUUUUCAUAAGGUCCCGGUCGGGCUUGCAUUACCUGGAAAUGUUGAUGCAGUGAGCCAUGUGAACUUGGAACUGGAAACAGAUGUUGAACUCUGUAGCUAAGUCACUUUGGCUGCCGCGGCCCUAUAGACUCUUACCUAUGGGAUUAUCGGUUGUGUGUGCGUGUGUCUGCGCAUAUGUGUGUCUGUUUGAUCCUGGAUGACACAGCCAGGAUCUGGAUUAAUUGUGUUUCACAGAAACCAAAGGAUUUUCGAGCUGUUUGUACACUGUUCCCACCAAAUCUGUUCUGAUUUGUCCUUUGUUGUGCUGCUUGUCUUGGCCGUAAUCCUCGACAUGAAACUUGGUUAACACUUGAUUGAUUGGAUAAUUUUGCUUGUGUCAGUUACUAUUCUAAUGCAGCUCUACUCUGCUGAAAAACAGGUGCUACUCUGUUUAUUAUUGUUAUUUUCACAGUGUAUAUAUAUCAGUGAAGAAAUCGAACCCAGAGUACAACAUAAAACCCCCAGUGAGCGAUGUGGAUCCUUCGAGAAGUGACACCAUAUUUACCAUGUUGAUGCCCCAUCUGUCCCCUGCUAUUUAAACAGAAACCUUUCUAAUCAGGCCAUCGAUGCUUUUGUAGUAUUAUUUAUGCAGACUUUGCUAUUUUUUACUGUCUUUUAUGUCUUAAAUGCAGACCCAGGUGCAUUUUGAUAUUAGGUUUGCUUUAACUGAUCACAGCCAUGAAUGCUUUUGGUUCUGCUCCAUAAAGCAGUUCAGAUGUUUAAAUCCUGUGUAGCUCCUUCUUUGUGUUCACUGUUGUAGUAUUCUUGUGAAACCAAAGUUUCGCCAAGUCAUAGGUUUGAGCAUGGACCAAAGAUGUUUUUUUUUUUUUUUUUUAUAAACUUUUAUAACAAGAAAUUAUCCCGAAGCAGACAGAUCCCCAAUUUAUAUUUGACUGUUUUCACAUUUGCUCAUUUUUCUCUACACCUGAAUAUCUUACAAUAUGAAAACCUCCUGUUGUAUCCAUACCACAUCUCAUUUUAUUAUAGUAGAUAACCAUUUAGGAAUCUUAGAACAAUAAUUGGCUUUGUAAAGAUAAUUUUUCAGUACUGUCUGCUACACAGCCCCAUGCGAUAAUCAGCUUCAAAACUGAAAUCUUUUCACCAUGGACGGCCUUGAUGAGUCAUUGCACAGUCAGCCCUGUCUCCUGCUCAGAAGCAGGUCUUUGCUUUUUUUUACAGCAGCUGCAGGCAGCUCCGAGCUACAUGUAUGAAAAGAGAAAAAAAAAAAAAAUCAAACUGCGGAUGUUGUUGCUUUGUAUUAU